AUGAGCAAACAGAACCUGGACAACAGAAUCAACGAUAUAAUCAGGAGUGGCAUGGCCGCUGCCUACGGGUUGAAGGAUUCGGAAUCCGAGGUAGACGAUUCGAGCGCGUUCAUGCAUCGCAUGGACGCCAUCUCCGGUGACAUUGAGUUCACCUGUGGAACGCAGAAAUUUUCCCAACGGAAUGCGCAGCUGCCCAAUGCCGCGGGUCAUUUCUUCACGUUUGUGCACAAAACGUGCGAGAACGGGUUUCCGGACUGGACGGGUGUAAUGCACGGCUAUGAAAUCGACUACGUCUUCGGGAUGCCAUUUUCUGAGCAAAUUUAA